UGCUCUCCCGCAAUCUAUCUGGACCCCGUCCCUCGACUUUCUCCAGCCCUUUUCUUUCCAUCCCCUCGUUUCCUCUUUACUGGAUGAAACCCCCGUUUGGUCCCUCGCUCGGUCCUCUUCACCACGCUAGCACAAUCUGCAAAACCGCCUCGGCUCGACCGGUUCUUGUUACCUGUUGAACUUUCGGGCAGACAACGGUGUACUUGGCUGUGUAACAACACGGAGCUUUUGCUUCCUCUCAAGUCUGUAAAUCGAAUCACGAAUUUGAUUAGAACACGCCCACGAUGCCGGCUGGUUUGCAUACACGAGAUGCGUCGGGAAGGCGUGUGUCGAUCCUCAACGACGACCACAGCCCGCAUUUCACGACCGGCGUCUCCCCCAUUGUUACUCCCUCCUACGACCCGCGAGCCCCGAGGACCGCCUCGACGCCGGCUACACCGGAGCUGCUUCGGUCCAACUCAUACGACUCUCACAUGGCCGCUGUCGAGCCCGCCUCACCUUUAACUCCACUCUAUGACCCAGGAUUCCGGUACAACCCCCCCGCGCCCGAGUACCGGUCCGUCUACGAAGACUACUAUGUUGAGGGCACGCAUGUUCAUGCGGGAAUGAAACGGCGCCCCAGCGCGUUUAGUGACGGCCGGUCUGUUACUUACGACGACGACCUGUAUCACACCGCCCCUACCACCGUCGUCUCAUGCUCGUCCUCCUCGUCCUCCUCGCCCUCGUCCUCCUCCUCUUCUUCUUCCUCCUCCUCGCCCCCUUCCACGUCUACCGCCACCAGCUCGACUACCAUACCUGGCAGCGAAAGGCCCGGGAAGCGCUUCCCAUGUCGCUACCGGGAAACACAUGGCUGCGACAAGACCUUCACAACGUCCGGUCACGCCUCACGCCACGCCAAGAUCCACACUGCUGAAAAAGGAGUCAACUGCUCCUUCGAAGGCUGCCCAAAAAGGUUCACGCGCGCCGACAACAUGAAGCAGCACCUUGAGACGCACUACAAGGAUAAGUCUCGUUCUUCGAUUUCCCGACCCUCUGUCUCCGGCGGGAGACGAUCUUCCUCUGCUUCCUCGUCCUCUUCCUCCCUAGGGAAGCUGUCUUCAUCGUCCUCUUUGUCAUCUGCAUCAGCAGCAGCGAGCCGCAACCGAAUCAUGGCGAUGACCACAGCAGCUAUGGCAGCAAUAGCAGCAACGGCAACAGCACAGUCAUCGCCAUCGCCACCGCCACCAUCAUCAUCCUCCUCCUCAUUACCACGCAUGAACGGCCUAGAGCCCGCCCUGUUUCGAGGAAUGCCGGUACAGCCGCCCCCAAACGGCAGCGCCUGGGACAUGCGCGACCUUGAUGACAAGCUCGUCAAUCGUACUUCCACUAGGGACGCGCUUCCUACGCGGACAGGGCUCGAUACCCUUGCAUUGGCGGCUUUGCGCCAGGGCAGCGGGAGGUGAAAACAUCCUUCUACCAUCUAUCUACACCCUUUCUCGACUAAAACCGGGACUUGAUCGUCUUGAGGGACAGCUUAUCACGAUUUUCGUUUUCGGCACUCUGCACGGACAUACACGCGGGACUUUUAAUUACGGCCACGGGAGGUUGCAACAUUUCGGGAGGCGAAUGAGGUGCGCGUUCAUCUGGCGUUUCGCGUUCAAGGGUUAGGUAAUCCGGAACUGGAGCCGGGUUCUCAGUUGCAUUUUUCUCUCAGAAACGAUAUCCGUAAUGUUUUUUUUUCUAUUUUGUGUCUCUUUUUCUUGGAAUCUGGGCGUUCUUUCUGGGGCGCAACAAACGGACGGCAAAUGGAUUAGACGGGAUCGGGUUGAUAAAACUAUCCUGUCUCUCCGUGAUAAGCGAGAAGAGAGCUGCUGGUAUCUACGGGAUCGGCUUCCUUGAUGUCAAGAGAGGGAGGAUCUUUCAGCCUCGUAGGACCAGGUUAUUUACCAUGUUUGACACCACCAAUUGAUGGGGAUACGGCCGAAGCAACGGAUGGUCGUAUGUCAGAUUUGCGAAUUACGAAGCCUGCUUUCUUUCGCGGGAACUUGGGUUGGGGAGCUAGGGUUUAGCUGUGUUGGGACCGAUAGUUCUUCACCUGGGAAAGAAGCUCCAGCGGACGCGGAGCGACAAGCAAGGUGUUGGGUACGCCGGUCGGCGUCGGGUUGGUGAGAUGCACUGAUAGGCCAUCACCAAAUGGCCUAGGAACGCACUCAUUUUCCCAUCACGCUGAUGAGGAGGUUUGCACGGGCAAGCAGUACGUACAUCGGUCGAAGGAAGAGUCAAAGCCUCUGUACGCAGCUCAACCAGGGUAAUCCACGCUGAGCGUGAAUAAAAACAAAGUGUAGUUAUGUAUGUACACGAGCAGAACCCUUACCGUGGUAGGGCAACUAUG